CACACAGGACUGCCUGUGCAGGAUAUGUAGUAUGCAUGGUGCAGGGUACCUGAUCCUAACACAGGCUGCUGACUGGAAAGUGAAAGUGAAAGAAUAGAGACAUCCUUAUUACAGAUAGGAGACAGCAGUGACAAAGAGAGAGAGAGUGAGAGAGACUGCAGCUCGGAGGGGGGACCAGACAGAGACAGGGGGCAUUAGAGUGGUGGGGGAGACAGGUACACGACAGCCCUGCAAGACCUCUCUGUAAAGCCGCACAGUGCAGAGCGCUAACUUGGAUUCGCCAAGAUGAUUCCUUCCACGAUCUACAAACUGUCUCUUGUUGUUACGCUUGCUGCCACGCUCCGCGGUGCUAUCCCUGUCCUUGGUACUGAAACUCUGUCCUGCCACCUGGUGGAAGAAGUCGGUGUACCCCGCUCUAUUCAGCAGACCCCAGUGCGACUACGGUUUACCGACCCCUCCAGCCUGACCCCAGAUCAUCCAGAAACCGCUGAGCUGGGCACCUUGCUCUUCUAUGUAUCUGACCCCUCUGGGAAGCUGCUGUCCUCCGACUUAUCUGACUGCGAGAUGACCCAUCACCUACCCCAGGAGGUGGAGCUGGACUGGGUGCGCUCUCUCACCCGGGAGAAACGCAGCCCGCUCUCUCUCGGCAAGUCCUGGUACACGCUGUCCGCCAAGAGUGAGAAGGAGGGGAACUCCGUGAGUGCCGUGCUGGGCCCACAGGGUGACCAGAAGGACCACUUGACAGUGUCCCUAGCCGUGUCUUCUGCCUCCGUCCUCGUGAAGGCCCAGCUGGGGAAGCCUCUGUCCCUGACCUGCGGGAUGUGGCGGGGGCAGCAGCCUCGCUUUGCAGUGGAGUGGCGCCAUCGUGCUCUGGGAGACGGGAAGGUGCUGUACGCAUAUGACGGAUGGAAGGACAGAGUGGAGGUGGAUCUCCCAGGUUAUCAGAUGAACUUUUCUGCCUCGCACAAUAAGGGGGACGUGUCGCUCUUACUGGAGAAAGUGGACGUCUCCCAUCAGGGCAAAUUCCUCUGCACCAUCUACCUGCCCUACAUCCGGGCACAGCGAGACAUCCAGCUGCAGGUCAUAGCUAAGCCGCGAGUUUCCCUCCUGCCGGCCCGUCUCUUCGCUCGGCCUGGAGAGGAGCUGACGCUCUCCUGUGAGAUCUCUCAUUUCCACCCUCUGGAAAUCUCAGUUGACUUCCUGGUUCAGCUCCCAGGGGAAUCGCACCCUUCCCUGCUGCCUGGAACGUCCCUCUCCACACACGGCCACAACCAAGAUGGCACCUACAGUAUGACCGCCUUCCAGCGCAUCACGGCUAGCCACAAUCUACAUGGAGCGCGCUACUCCUGCCGCGUCAGUCACGCCAGUGCACCAAAUGGGAUAUCACGCGUGCAAACCCUCCAAAUUGCGGGGGUCUCGGGACCAUCCCUGGAGGACUACAUGUAUCUGUUUCUGACCGCACUCUUCCUCUAUGGGUUCCUGAGCUACCUGCACAGGAAAGCUGUAUCGUUCUGUAGAAGCCCGAAGGAGAUGAAUGAUAGAAAGAGCAAGUCUGAAUAAGAGACGUGGAAGCGGAAAAAUGGACCUGCAAACCAGUCUGUGUGUGUGUGCACCUGUGUGCGAUAUUGUGUGUCUGUCGAUACAGCCGUGUGUGUGUGUGUGUGUAUACCUCCUAACAUGACCCUCUCCAGGACGGACACAAUACUCUCUUCCUGGACUUUUCUCUUAUUGUAUGAUUGCCAGCACCUGUGCUGAACAGGUAAAUGGAUAAGAAAGUGUGUCAGCACAGGUGAGGGUAAUCAUACAGUAAGAGGGAAGCCCAGGAGCAGAGCAUUGUGUCCCCCCUGGAGAGGGUCAUGCUGGGAGGUAUGUGUGUGGGAGAAGUUUAGCAGUAAGUGUGUGUGUGUGUGUGUAAUAUAUAGUAGUUAUGUCUUUGUAGUUGAAUUAUUUCAUAGGAUGAGUUGAUUGACAUUACAGUAUAUUAAAUAUCAUACCUGUAUUGGGCGGGAAAUUCUAGUAAACCACACAGGACCGGACUGGCAAUCUGGAAUUUGCCAUGAGGGAAUGUAUUGGUUAGAGCAAUGGUUCUCAACCUCGGUCCUCAAGUUCCCCCAACAGUUCAUGUUUUCCAGGUCUCCUCACAGGAUUGCAAGUGAAAUAAUUUGCUCCACCUGUGGGUCUUUUAAAAUGUGUCAGGGAGUAAUAAAUACACCUGGUCAACUGCUAGGUUACCUGGAAAACAUGAACUGUUGGGGAUACUUGAGGACCGAGGUUGAGAACCACUGGGUUAGAGCACAUGUUCUGAAACUCGGUCCUCAGAGCCCCACUCAGUGCAUGUUUUCCAGAUCACCGAGCUGGUGCACAGGUGUAUUAAUUACUCACUGACACAUUUUAAAAGAUCCACAGGUGGAGCUAAUUAUUUCACUUGCGAUUCUGUGAGGUGACCUGCAAAACAUGCACCGUGUGGGGUCCUGAGGACCGAGUUUGAGAACCUGUGAGUUAGAGUGUAAGUGGGCUGCUCUGGGUUCUCAAGCGUAAAGGGCCCUACACACUAAAAGAUUAUCUGUCCAAUCUGGCUGAUUGAAAAGAAAAUCUGGCAAUAUCUGGGAGCAAAUGGCAAUUGACUAUUUGCUCUCAAACAAUGGAAAACAGACAAAAAUGGACUUUAAGACAAAUUGGUUAAGUUUGUUUCAUUAAACCAAUUUAUCUGAAAAGUUUUUGUCCAUUUUCUUGAUUUUGGUAGCAAAUUGUUGAUUGUCAUUUGCUCCCAGCCAUUGCCAGAUUUUCUUUCCAGUCAGCCAGAUUGGACAGAUAAUCUUUAAGUGUGUAGGGCCUUUAAGAUUAAUCCCCCUUGGCCCUCUCUGCAAUGGAUCACUGAUGGCGCCAUUAGACAGACACGGACGCACACGAGUAAUCUAACUCUCUCUGCACAUGUUAUAGCUGCCUCCCCUGCAGUGCACAUGGUUUUGCUCAAACUGCUAAAAAAAUUCCUGCUGCGAUCAACUUGGAAUUACCCCGUAGCCAGAAUUAUUGUUGGACCCUGCUGCAGAUGGAUACAUCAAAAAUAGCCGUUUGUACUGUUCCCCUAGCCAGGUACAGGGGGCCGGACCCUACAGGGCACAGGCACAUCAUUACUUCUGAGCAAAUUGUCACAGUACAAAUAGUAAUAAUCCUUCUACAGCAGGUAGGGAGACACUGGACGUAAUAUUAUAAUGUGUAUUAGAUGUAUUUAUAUUUAUGCCACAAUUCCUCUAGCGUCCACGUUUACACCAGUGAUACCUAAGGGGCCUGCACUCACUCACACUUGUGGUCCAGGCAACUGGAAACCCCCUCCCUCCCCCCCCCCCCCAAAAAAAAAACUAAACAAACAUUUUUUUGCUUUAGUAUCUUGCGAGAUGAUGUUCCCAGGCUCCACGUGAUGACAUUAUUUUUAACUCCCCACUGUAAAGAUCACAUGCAGUUAACCUGUGCGAGGUACAUGGGCUGGAUAAUGCAAUGACAGAGCCACACCUACACAUAUUUGUUCCUGUCUCUACUCUCUAGGGAGCCCGUCAGAGGUCAGCCUGGUCUGUGGCUUCUCCUGUCACCUGUGGCUAUGUAAAGUGAUUUGUUACCUGCAUUCGUACAUCAGCAAACAGCACUCACAUAACUUGGGUUUCCAUUAAUAUUAUUCAUUCUUUGCACCAUAAAAACUAUUAUAUAUUGAUUUUUAAAUUUGCCAUUUAGAAGGUAUCACACGAAUCGGCCACCUAGUGGUGACGUUCAGCACUUCACAAAGAUAAGUGGGGCAAAGUUACAAAAGCAUAGACAUUGUUCUGUUCCAUACACAACAGACAGCAGGCAGGAGAGCUUACAAUCCAAUGUGGAGGAGGAGUAAUGACAUACUGCAGUGUCUCACAAAUUCAGUCAUCAGGGCACCUGAACACUCCAGGUUUUAAGGAUAUCCAUGUUUAAGCACAGGUGAAGUAAUUAGCACCUUUGUCAGUUUGAUUAUACCAUCUGUGCACAAGCUUGGCUAUCCUUAAAACCUGGACUGCUAGGUUCGCUUGAGGUCUGAAUUUUGGAAACCCCUGAUAUAAUGCCUGCAGGGAGUGGCACUGAUGGAUGCUUAAAAAAGUGGCAGGCCGAUGCAGUGGUAAGUACUGCGGAUAUGGGAAGCGUUCUAAUUAGCAGGUGGCCUUGCUGUUACAAAGGGGGCACGUUUCCAAAGUGUUAAUGACAAAAAAAGCUUUGUUUUUUUUAAAUGUAAAUGUAUAUAUAUUUUUGAACACAUUACUUUGACUCCACAUUAAACGCCAAUAUUGCCUCCGGUUAGAUGACCUAAGAACAGGAUGUGCCAUUAGCAGGCUGGUUGAAAUCUCUUGCUAUAUAUGAAAAAUAAAUGAGUUUGUUCCUGGGCGAGUCCACACAAUUAGCUAGCCAAUUACCUGUUGGCAGAGAGAGUACUUAAAUAAAAAUACCUUUAUAGCAAUCAGCAUUCAUGCGCUUCAUCACAAGACUUCACAUGUGAGUCAGACAGGUCAUGCUUGAAUGAAAAAGCAGCAAAGAUGUACAGUACAUAUUAUUAUAGCUGGUUACAUAAGCAAAUUGCCUCCAUACUGCUACCCUUAGCGUCCAAUCACUGACCUAUUUCAUCUGUUCCUCACACCAAUGUGCCUGUCCCUAUAAAACACACCUCACUCGUAUGUGUUAUGGGAGAAGUGACUGAGGUUAAACUAUAUUCUCAUUUUAACUUUAGGUACGUGUUAACUUGACGUUCUUUUCUGUAUUCUGUCAUCUCCAAAUUAAAAUACAUUUCCAGAAAUGAUCAUCCGCUGACGGUGCGAGCUGAAAUGAGAGUACAAAGCAUAUUUUCACCCAUACAAAGUAUUGCAGGCUUUGCUUUUUAUCCCACAUGAAUGUCAAAUUUCUGCAGAAAAAUAUUGCACUAGGUCACAGGUUCCUAAACUCGGUCCUCAGGACCCCACACAGUGCAUGUUUUGCAGGUCUCUUCACAAAAUCGCAAGUGAAAUAAUUAGCUCCACCUGUGGAACUUUUAAAAUGUGUCAGUGAGUAAUUAAUACAUCUGUGCACCUGCUGGGUUACCUGCAAAACAUGCACUUUGUGGGGUCCUGAGGACCGAGUUUGAGAACCACUGCACUAGGUGAACGGAAAAUUUACUGAUUGAAUUGCCGCCAGUCCGACCCCCACUAAUACACUAGCAAAUCAGAGAAUCGCAACCAGAUAAACCAAUUCCUAUGUUUCUUUCUGAGUGCAUUUGUUUUUGCAAAAGCUUAACGCGAACACUUUUUACGUUCAGCUCAUAAAGAGGUUCUGCAGCAGCUUGGGGCAUUUAUUUUCAUUUUUAUUGUGAAAUUUGCACUUAUGUUAUGCUACAAGUAGAAAAGGAGCAUUUUGACCAUAUUGUACUAUGUUUGCUAUUAUUUAAUUGGGUGUCAGGAAUGAUGAAUCUGCUAAUACUGUGUUCUUGGUAAGUUGCGUUUUUCAUCAAUAAAAUAAAUGCGUGGAUAUAAUAA